AUGAGAACUGGUAGAAAAAAGAGAUUCAAUUUAAGCAGCAUCUAUUCAUUCAAAUGUGGCAAAGGAUCAUCUGAGGAUGAUGGCCAAUCACAAAUCGGAGGGCCGGGUUUCUCGAGAGAGGUUUAUUGCAACGAGCCGGACGGCCAGGAUGCGAGCCUUAGGAAUUAUUCGACAAAUUAUGUUAGGACAACUAAGUAUACUGCUGCAACUUUCUUGCCAAAGUCCCUGUUUGAGCAGUUUAGGAGGGUGGCUAAUUUCUACUUUCUUGUGACUGGGAUUUUGUCUUUCACUUCACUUGCACCUUAUUCUGCUGAGAGUGCUAUUGUUCCCUUGAUUGUAGUUAUUGGUGCAACUAUGGCCAAAGAGGGAAUCGAGGAUUGGCGUCGAAAAAAGCAGGAUAUUGAGGUCAACAACCGAAAGGUCCACGUACAUGAAGGCAAUGGGAACUUCCGGCCAACCGAAUGGAAAAACCUAAAAGUGGGCCACAUAGUCAAAGUCGAAAAAGACGAAUUCUUUCCGGCUGAUCUUCUCCUCCUCACCUCCAGUUACGACGAUGCAGUUUGCUACGUCGAGACAAUGAACCUCGACGGUGAAACUAACCUUAAACUCAAGCAAGCCUUAGAAUCAACAUCAUCCUUAAACGAGGAGGACAUUAAGGAUUUCUUCGCACUCGUCAAAUGCGAGGACCCGAAUGCAAAUUUAUACUCUUUUGUCGGGAGCAUGGAGUACAACGGCCAGCAGUACCCUCUUUCCCCUCAACAACUCCUUCUUCGAGACUCCAAGUUACGAAACACUGACCAUGUGUAUGGGGUCGUCAUUUUCACAGGCCACGACACGAAAGUCAUUCAGAACUCGACUCACCCACCUUCGAAGAGGAGUAAAAUCGAGCGGAAAAUGGACACGAUCGUUUACCUCUUAUUCGGUGUUCUUUUCUCGAUGGCAUUGGCUGGUUCGGUUUAUUUCGGUGUUCUGACUAAACGGGACUUGGGGGGCCCACUUGAGAGAAGGUGGUACCUGAGGCCCGACAGGUCGAAUAUCUUCUUCGACCCCAAACGAGCCCUGGCUGCCGGGAUAUAUCAUUUCUUGACGGCCCUUUUGCUCUACAGCUACUUGAUCCCGAUUUCUCUAUACGUAUCAAUCGAAAUCGUGAAGAUCCUUCAGAGCAUUUUUAUUAAUCAAGAUGUUUGUAUGUAUUAUGAGGAGGCUGACAAGCCGGCCCGCGCUCGAACUUCGAAUCUGAACGAGGAACUCGGCCAGGUGGACACGAUACUCUCGGAUAAAACCGGGACGUUGACUUGUAACUCGAUGGAGUUCGUUAAGUGUUCGGUGGGUGGUAAGGCUUACGGGCAUGGCGUGACUGAGGUUGAAAAAGCUAUGGCUAAAAGAAAAGGGUCUCCUUUAUAUGGAAAAGAUGAUGAUGUUGAAAGUCCUAAGAGGAGAUCAUCGGUUAAAGGAUUUAACUUUGACGAUAAAAGGAUUGUAAAUGGGAAUUGGGUGAACGAGCCUCGUUCGGAUAUUGUUCGGAAAUUUUUCCAGCUGCUGGCUAUUUGCCACACAGCUAUACCGGAUGUUGAUGAGAAUACGGGGAAAGUAAAUUAUGAAGCCGAGUCGCCAGAUGAGGCUGCUUUUGUUAUUGCAGCUAGGGAGCUCGGGUUUGAGUUCUUUAAGAGAACGCAAAAGAAUGUUUAUGUGAGGGAAUUGAAUCCUGUAUCGGGUAAAAUAGUUGAAAGGUCGUUUGAGCUUUUGAAUGUUUUGGAAUUCAACAGUUCGAGGAAGAGAAUGUCGGUAAUUGUGAGGGAUGAUGAGGGGAGACUCUUACUGCUUUGCAAAGGUGCCGACAGUGUCAUGUUCGAGAGGCUUGCUAAAAAUGGAAGGGAAUACGAAGAGCAAACGAGGGUACAUGUGCAUGAGUAUGCCGAUGCAGGCUUGAGGACAUUAAUACUUGCUUAUCGAGAACUCAAUGAAGAACAAUAUACGGCGUUUGAUGAGAAAUUCUUGGAGGCUAAGAACUCGGUCAGUGCUGAUCGUGAGACGUUGAUUGAUGAAGUGACUGAAGGAAUUGAAAAGGAUUUGAUUCUUCUAGGUGCAACAGCUGUUGAGGACAAACUCCAACAAGGGGUGCCUGAAUGCGUCGAUAAGCUGGCUCAAGCUGGAAUUAAGAUAUGGGUUUUAACUGGGGAUAAAAUGGAAACAGCUAUUAAUAUUGGCUACGCGUGUAGUUUGCUCAGACAAGGAAUGAAACAAAUUAUUAUCACCUUGGAUAUACCUGAGAUUAUUGCUCUGGAUAAAAUGGGAGAAAAGGAUGCAAUUGCCAAGGCCUCAAAGCAAAGUGUAAUCGAGCAGAUAAAUGAAGGGAAGAGCCAAGUUGCCAAGUCGAGUUCAGAUGCUUUUGCCCUAAUCAUCGAUGGGAAGUCACUUGUAUAUGCAUUACAUGACGACACGAAAAAAUCAUUUCUUGAACUUGCAACUAGCUGCGCAUCCGUAAUUUGUUGCCGUUCAUCACCAAAACAAAAGGCCCUAGUAACACGACUUGUCAAAGAAGGGACAAGGAGAACAACUCUUGCAAUCGGAGAUGGAGCCAAUGAUGUUGGCAUGCUUCAAGAAGCGGAUAUCGGAAUUGGAAUUAGUGGUGUUGAAGGAAUGCAGGCUGUUAUGUCGAGUGAUAUUGCAAUUGCUCAGUUCAGAUUUUUGGAACGUUUGCUUUUGGUGCAUGGGCAUUGGUGUUACAGAAGGAUAUCAUCAAUGAUUUGCUACUUUUUCUAUAAGAAUAUCACUUUCGGUUUUACGAUCUUCUUGUACGAAGCUCACGCAUCAUUCUCCGGCCAACCUGCUUAUAAUGACUGGUUUUUAUCCCUUUACAACGUAUUCUUCACUUCACUACCCGUAAUUGCAAUGGGAGUCUUCGACCAGGAUGUAUCCGCAAGAUUUUGUCUAAAGUUCCCAUUGCUCUACCAAGAAGGCGUGCAAAACGUGCUCUUCAGCUGGCGCCGAAUAAUCGGGUGGAUGCUCAACGGCGUCUCAAGCGCUCUGAUAAUCUUCUUCUUCUGCGUUCUGGCCUUGGGCCCGCAAGCCUUCAACCGGGACGGGAAGCCCGUCGAUUACCAGAUCCUCGGGGCCACAAUGUACACGUGUGUCGUCUGGGUCGUGAACUGCCAGAUGGCGCUCGCCAUAAGCUACUUCACUUUAAUACAACACGUUUUCAUAUGGGGUGGUAUUAUUUUAUGGUACGUUUUUCUUGUGAUAUACGGAGAAAUGCCGUACCAUAUCUCGACGAGUGCGUAUAAAGUGUUUGUCGAGUCACUUGCACCGACGCCCUCGUUUUACGUGGUGACAUUUUUCGUGGUGAUAUCGGCUCUCGUGCCUUAUUUUGUGUAUAAAUCGGUGCGAAUGAGGUUUUUCCCGAUGUAUCAUGGGAUGAUACAAUGGAUAAGGCACGAGGGGCGAUCGGACGACAUGGAAUAUUGUAAUAUGGUGAGGAAUAGGUCGAUAAGGACCACAACUGUCGGGCUUACGGCCCGUUCGUUGGCCAGGACGAGCCCGUUGAUGCAGAGUCAAAGAUGA